AGCGCAGCCUAUUUUAUCAUCCGGCAUUUUAAUUAUUAAAAUUAAUAUAAAAUAUAACCUGUAAUUACUCUACUUAUUGCAUACAAAUAAUAACUUAAACUCCAAUUAUUUAAAAUAAUUAAUAGUUUAAAAAUUUAAAAAUUACCGCAAGUGAAUAAUGUCCAUUUUAUUUUAAUUAUCGUGUAAUUUUACUCAUCAAAAAUGAUCCAAGGGUACAGAACUUUGUGUCCAUUCCGUAGGAAUAUUAAAAUAUGUACUCGUUACUUUUCGUCAUCACUCACGAAAACAGAAGCAAAGAAACGUCGCAAUGAAUUAUUUGAAGCCGAAAAAAAAUCUCAGAGGUCAGCAAUUGGACGAAUUGAAAAAAUAAAAGUUAUUUAUGUGACAUCUGAAGAUGAGGUCACGAUGCUGAUGAAUAAAAAUCUUUCGACGCCCCAUGACUGUGCUAAGCACGUGUCUGAAGGAGUCGCAGACUUGUCAGCACUGGCGUUUGUUGAUGACGUUCCUUGGGACAUGCACCGUCCGUUCACUGGAGCCUGUAAAUUAAAAUUGUCAACCAUGAAAACACCCAUGACACGUGCUGUCAAUAACGCGUUUUGGCGGACGUGUUCCUUUAUGCUGGGAGCUGUAGUUGACAAUGCGUUCCAGGAUGACAUAACUUGUCAUCUUCACAGUUUCACGUCACCCAAUAUAAAAUCUGGGAGUUUUGUCUACGACGCCCAGUUGGCCUUGCCGGAGUGGACACCAACUUCAGCGGAAAUGAAAGUCCUGUCAAGUGAAUUCACUAAAUUAAUUCAGCAGGAUCUGCCGAUUGAAAGACUGGAGGUCGAUGAACCUCUGGCGCUGGAGAUGUUCCAGGACAAUCCGUUCAAGAGCAAACAGAUUCCGGAUAUCGCUAAGGGAAAUAAUGAGAAGGUCACGUUGUACAGGAUGGGAGAGCAUGUGGACAUCAGCAAGGGCCCCAUGGUUGGGAACUCAAAUAUUGUGGGUCGGUUUACGAUGACUGCGAUCCAUAAAAUAGAGAAAGAGGGAAUUGAGAUGCUGAGGUUCCAAGGAGUCGCGUUGCCUCGCGGGGUCCUGCUGAAUCAUUAUAUGUAUGGGAUUCUAGAGGAGAGAGCCAAGAAGCUCAACCAAACUAUCUGGAUGCCCCGGCGAGUAGAGCAGGAAGCUGAAGGACAUGUUAAAGUUGCUGCUAAAAAUUAAGUUUGUUUAUUUAUCAUUUUUUAAAGUAAUAAAACGUAAGUAAUGUUUGUAA